GUCAGACUGUGGAAAAAUUUCCAGAAACUUUAUGUGAGUUAUACAAUCUGCAAACUUUAGAUAUUUCUAAGUGUACGCAGCUUAAAGAACUGCCUCAAGGGAUGGGGAAGUUGAUAAACUUGCGGCAUCUGAUUAAUGAUGGAACAGACUCAUUAAGUUACAUGCCCAAGGGAAUUGAGAAAUUAACUUGUCUCCGAACAUUGAGUGAAUUCGUUAGCAGCAGUGAUGGUAGUAAAGCAUAUAGUACUCUUGCGUGCUUGAAAGAUUUGAAACAUUUAAGAGGAGAGCUUUAUAUUAGAAGGCUAGGAGAUGUGACCAAUGUGAGUGAGGUUAAGAGAAUGCAAAUUCUCAGCACUAAGAAAAACCUCUUCGAUUUAAAGCUACAAUUCGAUAAAGAUGGAGAAGGAGAGAGGAAAAAUUAUGAUGAUGAGUUACUUCUUGAGGCUUUGCAACUGCAUCCAUAUUUGAAGAAAUUAUAUAUAAAUUAUUACAGAGGCAACACUUUUUAUUCUGAUUGGAUCAGGUCAUUAACCGGACUGAGGGAAUUGAGUCUAUACUAUUGCAGAAAUUGUAUGCAUUUGUCUCCCUUGGGAAAAUUGCCAUCACUUGAAUAUCUAAAGAUAGAAGUAAUGGCUGUGAAAAAACUAGUUACGGGAAUCGAAAGCGAUGGUGCAUUUUCAUCAUCUACAUCAGUUAUUCCCUUUCCCAAGUUGAAAGUUCUUAAAUGCAGGUGGAUGUUCAAUUGGGAAGAGUGGGACUAUGGGAAUACAAUCUUGCCAUGCCUUGCUUCUUUGUCAAUCGAGUACUGUAGAAAAUUACGUGCACUGCCUGAUGGCCUUCUCCAGGGGGCGAAAAAUCUACAAUGUUUGGAGAUUUAUAAAAGUGAUCUUCUGGAAGAACGUUACAGAAAGGGAACAGGAGAGGACUGGCAAAAGAUCUCCCACAUUCCCAACAUCAAAUUCACUGGUUCAUAUCUGCAAGGAGGCCCACUCCCACCCCGCUGAGUUCUCAAAUGGCUGCAGUUACCAACCAUCAAUCCACAAAGAUGUGCAGAAAUAUUGAGCAUGAUGGUGGUUGCAGUGUUAUGCUGAAAGGAACAGAGAAGAUAGUUAUGUCAAAAGGAAGUUGGAAUUCACUUGUGUUACUCUUAAUUUGUAUGAGUUAUGGUUUGAUUUUCUUCAUAAAGUUGCUUGUUUUUAGCGUGCUUGGACAACUUUCUUUGUCAAUAAUUUGCAUGUAAUAAUAUAUGGUGUGUUUGAUUGGAAAUUAGGUGUAAAAUAUUAAAUAUAUGUUAUAUGGUAUGAGCUGAACAUAUUGG